UCCUGUUCAUAAUAUCAGCCAAUCGCAUUGCUACGUAUUCUAAUCAUACCUUCAGACGUCAAUGAUAAGCCACGUUUUGUAAUUGAAACCAUUUUACUUUUAGUAUUAUGUCUAAUGGCUGCGUUAUUUUACUAAUUUACGUGUGUGACAAAUAAAUACAAUUUAGCUUACCGAAGAAAUUACUACAUUAAACGUGCUUCAAGUUUCUAUAAUCACGGAUAUACAUAAAGCUUCACGAAGAAAUUACGCCAUCUAUGAAAUUUUAGUGCUGCAGUCGGUGUUUGCAAAGAAAUAUAACAAGUAUAAAGACAGGAUAUGAAAUGGAAAUCGGACCACCAGUGAAGAAAUUAAAACAUUCAGACAGCCACUGUGAAAUUCCCACCGACAUCUUCGAUAGAUAUAUACAAUUGAUUGAUAAUAAGAAAAAUUUAAAAGCAGUUCUCAGUGAUGAGUUUGAUUCACCGCUGAAGUUGGUUAAAGUAUUCGUCGGUCAUAUAAAAGAUGUGAAGAAUAUAUCAAAAACAAUUCUAACAUUGAAUCAAAAGAUUCCAUUGAAGGAACUGCAACAUUUGAAGAGAGUGCGACGGCAGGAUGUGAUUCUGUGUCCGACAAAUUUCUUUAAUGACACAUCAUCGAUACAAGAUUUUAUUGAGUGUUACGUGCCCGAGUUGAAAGAUAUGUUUGAAUAUUUCAAGCAAGUCGAAGUGCCUUUGAAUCCUCCAAAAAUCGACAGACAUUUUCAAGAAACGAAACGCAUCUGGUCGUGCAACUUUCAUCCCAAUAAAUACUUGGAAAAACUGACGGGAGAUGAAUUCUUUCCCUCAUAUGAUUUAAAAAAUCACAGAUUAUACAUGAAAGUAGCUUUCGAAGUUGCAAAAUUUUAUUCAAUUAAGUAUAACAUUGAUUCUAUUGACAGGACAUUUAAAAAUAUAAAUGCAACGAUAGUCGUUGAUCCGAAUUUGCAGAGCAUUGUUGCUUUGUCUUUUGAUAAUAGACAAGCCCAUCCUGUACAGCAUUCAGCGAUGCUUGCCAUAGACAAUGUGGCAAAGACACAAGAUGGUGGUGUAUGGAAUUUAAACAAAAAUAACAAUGAAUAUGUUGGCAUACCAGAAGAUGUGUUGCCAUAUUUAAAAGAAAAAUUUCCAUCUUUGAAAUAUUAUCAAAAAGAGUAUAAGAAUGUUCUGGAAGAUAAAAACAAAUCAAAAGAAGGGCCCUAUUUAUGCACUGGUUAUUAUAUUUAUAUGUUAAGGGAACCGUGUGUGAUGUGUUCAAUGGCGUUGGUGCAUUCUCGGGUACAGCGCGUUUUCUUCUCCAUCGACAAUGAUGAAUGUGGAGCUUUGAAGAGUAAGACUAAACUGCAGACUGUUGCAUCGUUGAAUCACCAUUUUGAGGUGUUUACGGGUUUUUUAUAAUUCAAAUGACAUAUCAAUAUUAAAAUUAUUGUUAAA